AUGAGCGUAGCGUACGAGCACAGAUCCUUCAUUCAUGAGGGCGCCUAUCCGCCGAUAGGAGAGGACAACGAACUUACCGACGCCGACGUUGCCGAGCACCUUAGCCGCUACACAAACGACAACGACAUCCUCCACGAUGAUCGCAGCAUUAUCGACGACGAUGCCACCGUAGCGGACGAUUCGAGCAGGCUCGACCUGCAUCCUACCGGAUUCUCGUCGCCGCUUCCCAUUACCAUGGAUACCCCGCCUGCGAUGUCCGACGCUGUUCCCGACAGCAAUGAUCAAUCGCCGAGCGCCAUGGUGUCUGCCGUGCCUUCGCCUCCCUUGUCUGCCAAGAUCAAGACGAUCCCGAAGCCAUCACGACAAGUCUCGAAACAAGCCGAUGGAAAGUUCCACUGCCCUCUUGAAGACUGUAAAGAGGAAGUUCGCGCGUUUGCACGCAAAUGCGAAUGGAACAAGCACAUGGAUAAGCACGAGCGCCCAUACCGUUGCCCUGCGGAAGGUUGUGAAAAUCUCCCAGGCUUUACGUAUUCGGGUGGUCUCUUGCGCCACGAACGCGAGGUCCACGGCAAGCACGGCGGUCCCAAGAACACGGUCAACUGCCCUCAUCCCAACUGCAAACGCCAUACCGGCAAGGGCUUCUCUCGCCAAGAGAACCUCAACGAGCAUCUCCGCCGAGUGCAUACCAAUCCCGACGGCACAACACCGCCAGGCGACUCGAUUGCCUCUCCGGACGAUAACGACAGCGAGCGAUCCGGCAUGAAGCGCAAGCGUCGCAACAGCGGCCACGGCGCAGACGAGCUAACAGAGCUCCGCGAGGAGAUUAAGCGCGUUCGUGAGGAAAACGACAAACUCAAGAACGACAUGGAGCAGCAAACGCAGCACUCUCUCGCCAUGAUGGCGCAAAUCGCGGAGCUCCAAGAAACUCUUCGCCACGGCCUCGGACACCACGCCCUUGGCCCUACGCCGCAGCUCAUCUGA